AUGUCGAAACUUAACAAUCCUUUAUGUACCGUUGUUGUCACAGUCAUAGAAGGUCGAUAUUUCCCUCAAAAUCCGAACGGAAAACUUUACAUAGAAUGUAGAUUCACGGAUGAAAUCCUUUCAACAAUUAGUCCAGAUUCCAAUUCAAUUUUAUCAACAGAUAGUGUAGAACAAGUAUCCUUUCCAAUAUGGAAUACGGAAUUAGCGUGGGAAGUGGAUCAACAAACCUUACGUUUAUUAAGAACGAAAUGGGCGCACUUGAAAUUACAAUGUUUUUCAGUAGAUAAUACAAAAGGUAAUGAAUGUAAUAAUAGAGAAGAGUUGAUAGGAUAUUCGAUGUUAGAUUUAAGGAUGGCAAGUGAUCGAAGUGGUAAAGAGAAAUGGAUAUCACUUAAUAAUACAAAAGUGAAAGGGAAAGUUUCGCCUGAAAUUAAAAUAUCCUUUUGUAUUUUACCAAAUUUAUCAUCAUCUGUAACCUCACCCAUCUGUAAUAUUGGUUAUACACCAAGCCCAUUAGGAAAAUCAUUUUCCAUUGAUGAAAUCGAAGAAAUUGAAGAAAGGGGAGGAAAAUCUCCCAAAGGGGUUGAAAUUUAUAAAAUUGGAAUGAAUGGAACGGAAAUUUUCCUUUUUUCUAUUACAAUUAAUUUCGGAGCUAAUUUACAAUUAUUAUUACAAGAUACAAUAUCAUUUCUUACGCAACAACAAUUUCCUGAGCUUGACCUUUCAACAUUAAAUCACGGAUAUUAUUUUCAAUAUACCGUAUUUGAAAGUGUGAUAACUUCGAAUAAAUUUUAUGAUCUUUCACAUCCAAAUAUCAAUCCUGAAACCUUUACAUUUAGAAUACAAUCCUCAUUAGAAGAAUUAAAAUCAUUUUUAAUUAAAGAAUCGAACGUUGUGAUAAAUUUGUAUCAUGAUAAUCAAAUGAUUGGAUUUGCGGAAAUUCCACUCACUGGAUUAUUUGAUUAUAAAACCGGUGAACCACGUUCUUUAGAUCGAGUAUGUCCGAUGUAUAAUUCCAAAAGAGAAUUACCUGUAUCAGCAGAUGUGCAAACCGCCAGAAUUGGUGUAUACCUUACAAUAAGUAGAGAUAAUUCCAAUGAGAAUAAUGAUGAUGUUACUCCUGAUUCCGUGGAGAGAACAAAAUCUUUCCCGAUCGAACAUGUAAAAGAAAAGGAACAACAGCAACAAAUCCGGGAACAAAAUAAUGAACAUAAAUAUCGGGUUUUAAUCGAUUUAGAAUCAAUUCAAUUAAAUUGGAACAUUAAAAAUAUAUACAUUAGGUAUAGUUAUCCCGCAUUAGGUAUCACUAAUAAUAAAGCAACUCAAAUUCUUUCAAAUGAUGAAGGAAGUAAAGAUAUUUCGUUAAUAAAUAGUACAAACACUAUUGAAGUUAUGAUGACACCACAGAGACUUGAUAAAUAUUUUGAAGCCGUACCUUUGCUUAUGGAAAUAUGGCAGUCUGUAGAUCAAAAGCAGUCUCAAAUAGGAGUUGCGACGUUACAUUUAGAAGAAAUAUUUCUAUCUCAACCUGUAAUAGAUGAUGAAACAAGAGCCGAGGUUAAAACUUUUACUACCUUGGCCCCUAUUAAAUCUUUUGGAGUAUCUGCAAAUUCACGUGAAAUGGGUCAUGUAAGUGUUUCAAUAAGGCUUGAUGAUUAUGGUGAAGAUAAUUCGACAAAAUCACAAAGUGUCACGGAAUUAUCUGAACUUGCUAAAGAACUUCAACCCGCUAAAGAAGAACAGGAAAAAGAAAAGGAUAAUGUUACAACGAAAUCAUUAGCAGAUGAUGAAAACGGUGAUUCUUCUAAUAAUAGUGAACAUAUUUCAACGUUUCAAUCGGACUUAUUUAGAAAAGCGGCAGAACAUAUGAAAUAUACUCAAAAAGUACUUGCUGUAAAGAAGAAGAAUGUUUCCGGUCAAAGUUUUAGUAAAUUUAAAGUACAACAAUUAAAAUCUAUAGAUCUUAAAUUGCAACAAUAUAUCCUUUAUUUUAAAACAAGGGAUGAAAGUUUAUUAAGAUCCGAAAAGGAUUUUGAAAGACGUUGGUUAGAAUUAGAUAGACAAUUCGAUCAAAGAACAAAAGAAUUAGAAAAUCGACAUUCUUCUGUAAUAAAUGAUGAUUUUGUUAAAAAUUUGCAACAAGAAGUAAAUGACCUUAAAAUUCAAUUAAACACAACAAUAAGAGAAAAGGAUCAUUAUGAAUCUCAAUGGUUAAGGUCAUUACAAGUUUUAGCUGGAAUGCAUGAAAAAGAAAGCGAGGAAGCUUUAUUUUGGAAAGGGUUCAGAGAAAUGGAUCAAUGUUGGUGGCAAGUUAAAAGAAUGGCCGAAGAAGAAAUGGAAUUAAUUGAUUAUGAAAAAUUUACAUUGGAUAUUCUUAAAAGUGAAAUUGAUAGGUUAAAAUCUCAAUCUCAAUCUUGUUAA